AUGGCUUCAAUCAAUGAUACCACCCUUAAGGUUGUCGGUGCAACCGAAAAACCAAACAAGUUUACGGGCACGGACUUUGCUACUUGGAAGAACAAAAUGUUCUUUUACCUUACUAUCAUGAAUUUUGCUAAGUUUCUCAAUGAGGAGGCACCUAAGGCGAAAGGAGAAACUUCCGAAAAUAACAAGGAAGUCUUCCUAGCCAUUGAUGCGUGGUGUCACUAUGUUUUUCUAUGCUGUAACUACAUCUUAAAUUGCUUGGACGAACCGUUGUACAAAGUUUAUAGUCCUAUAAAGAAUGUUAAACUUUUGUGGGAUAGUUUGUCCAAGAAAUACAAGUCGGAAGAUGUGGGCUAUAGGAAGUUUUUAGGGGACAAAUUUCAAUUUUAUCGAAUGGUCGAUAGCAAAACUGUGAGUGAGCAAGUGAACGAACUCCAACUCAUGAUCUAUGAUAUUCUCGCCGAGGGUCAUGAGGUGAAUGAAUCCUAUCAAAUUGCUGCCAUAAUUGGAAAGCUUCCACCGAGUUGGAUGGAGUUUAAACGCUACCUAAGGCACAAGAAAUCGGUUGCCAAAUGGACGAUUAAGGAACUCAUAGCAAGGCUCAAGACCGAGGAGGAUAAUAAAAUUACCGACAAGGGUGGUCAAUUCGUGGCUAAGGCACACCUAGUGGAGAGCUCGAAGCAGAGCAACAAGUUAAAGGGUCUUACAUUCAACAAACGACCAAAUAACAAGAAACACAAGAGGUUCGCGGGGGCGUGCUUCGUUUGUGGAAAGAAUGGAGACCUUGCGAAGGAUUGCCGCCACCGGAAAGAAAAUAAUAAAAAUGAAGCUAACAUCAUCGUAGACUUAGCCGCUUCCGAUAAAGGCAACAUGCACUUUUCAGCAGUUGUAACAGAGGCCUACCUAUUGAGCGAUACUCGAGGAUGGAGGGUAGACACUGGAGCUACACGUCACAUUUGCUAUGACAAGAGCAUGUUCUCCUCCUACAAAAAGUUGGAACAAGAAUGA